GCAACAUGUUUUCCGCGCGUAAUAUUUGAUUGUUUAUUGACGUUUCUGUCAGGUUAUUAUUUUGAGUACAGAGAGUAAUAUGAAUAACUGUUGUCAGUGUGGUUAAAUACUGUUAGGUUACGUAAAUAAUACCUGCAUGACAUAGACCAUUUUUAUAGUUAAUAUGAACAUUUAGUAAUGUUGUUAAAUUGCUGAUGAGUUUUAUAUAACAGCCAGAUUUUAAUCAUGAACAAACUGUUUUUGAUAACAAUAUGUGUAAACUGCUGGCAUUUUAUGGAAAUCUUCUUUUCAUUAUCCAUUUCUAUGCUACUUGUGGAAGUUUAAGAACAUGUUUACAUGAUGAUGUUAUUCCUGAAGAUCUACCUGCAAGUCUUCAUAUUAUGGAAAGCAGGCGUCAGCGCCAUGCCCAUGAGACAGUCUAUGUGCCACUUCAGAUUUCGACAUACAUGGAGAAUAUUGAUCAAAGUAUCUCAGGCAGUGCUCUGUAUAACAUAGAAAUAGCACUAAAUAAAGUAAUUAAAUAUGUGUCGGAAGUAUUCCAAGUAUCUCAAACUAAAAAUCCUUUUCUAUUGAAUCGAAAUAAUUGUGUUCAACGAUGGAAAAGUGGAGUGCAUAAAAAUAAAUGUGCAAGAAUUAAAGCAGGGCCUGAAUUUUGUUCAAUUAAAGAUACAAGUUUUGCAAUACCAAACAGAUUUCUAAAUCAAUUAAAUGUUUAUGAUUUUUCCGAUCCUGUGCCACGUUCUGUCUUUCCAGCUGGCCCUGGAAUCAAAAAUGCCAAUUUUAUCCUUUGUGUCUCUAGUAGACCUACCUCUUGGUGUGAAGAGCAUGAUGUUGAAGCUUAUGGAUCAUACUGUAGACUUGGUGCUAACAACAGACCAGUUGCUGGACUCUUAAAUAUAUGCCCAGGCUAUCAUAGCAAGAAAUUAUAUACAUCAAAACAUUAUUUUAAUGUUAUAAUGCAUGAAGUGUUCCAUAUACUGGGUUUCUCACAACACCUUUUCCCAAAAUAUAAAACUUGCACAUCAGCAUUUUGUGACAUUCCUAUGAAAAUUGUGCAAACUGAUUCAUAUGGAGUACAGCGGUUACUUUAUCCCGAAGUAGUGAAAAGUAUGCAGAGUCAUUUUAAUUGUUCAGAUGAUGAAUUUGGUGCACCUUUAGCAGAAAACUCACAAAGCAAUUCAUCAAACAAUUCUUAUACUUCUCACUGGCAUCCUGUUCUUAUGUACACCAGCAUUAUGACACCUUCAGUCUUGGAGGAUGACUAUGUUGUAAUUGACAACAUUACUCUAGCCUUAUUUGCUAGCACUGGAUGGUACAAGAUAAACUUUUCAAAAGCUGAAGACUUCAACUUUGGUCUAGAUGGUGGUUGUGAUUUUGGUUUCCGGAAUACAUGUGAAAGUAGUAAACAUCUUUGCUUACCAAGCUCUAAUUUAACAAGUUGUGAUGUACUGUAUUAUACUGUUGGUGCAUGUGAGAGUGUAGUGCCUUAUCAUCCGUGUGGCAUUUAUAAGCCAGAUACUUCAAAAAAAUGUCUUGAUUAUGAAGGAAAACUUCAUGAAGUUGAUUUCAGAGCUACUAGGGAGGAAUCACGAUGCAUGAUGAUGCAGUUGAGAAAAGAGGAAGUCAAGCCAACAUGUUUAAUUAUGAAGUGUAAAACAUCCAAUGUGUAUGAAGUGCUUGUAGAUUCAAAAUGGCUUUCUUGUCAGUAUAGAGAUAAGGUUCAAAUAAGUAAUAUAACUGUAUACUGCCCACAAGACCUUAAAUUUUGUCGUUUUGAAGAACCAUUUAUGAAAGCUAGAAUAUGUCUUCCUAGUGAAAAGUUUAUGUUUCAUGCAUGCCUACAAGAAGUGAAGAUCUUGCUGUAUCAUCAAUAUGAUCAAAUUGAUCCAGAAGAUGUCAUAACCUUUAGUGAUUAUAAAGGAUUUCGACUGUUAGCUGUACCU